CCCCGAGACCCGAACAUGGCGUCCGCCGGCUGCCUCCGCUGGGGCCUGAGCCGAGCGGGAGCCUGGCUGCUCUCGCCGUCCGUGCGUUGUCCGCACCGGGCUCUGCACAAGCAAGCAGACGGCACCGAAUUCAAGAGCAUCUACAGCCUAGACAAGCUCUACCCUGAAUCUCAGGGCUCGGACACCGCUUGGAGGAUCCCGGAUGAUGCCAAGCAAGCUGGCAACGACAUCCCUGUGGAUCGCUUGACAAUAUCCUACAGUCGGAGCAGUGGGCCCGGAGGGCAGAACGUUAACAAAGUCAACUCCAAGGCCGAAGUCAGGUUCCAUCUGGCCACCGCUGACUGGAUCGCCGAGCCGGUGCGGCACAAGAUGGCCGUCAUGCACAAAAAUAAGAUCAACAGGUCUGGGGAGUUGAUCCUCACCUCGGAGAGCAGCCGUUACCAGUUCCGCAAUCUGGCAGACUGCCUACAGAAAAUUCGAGACAUGAUUGCCGAGGCCAGCCAGAUGCCCAAGGAGCCGUCCCAGGAGGACGCUCAGCUGUGGAAAAUGAGGAUAGAAAACAGGAACCGGGAGAGGCUGAGACAAAAGAAGGUGCAUUCUGUACUGAAGACCAGCCGGAAGGUGGAGAUGGACUGAAACUGUGCCCUGGGCAGCCUGCCAGGAGUGCCGCCCGGACUGAGUCCACCUGGAGAGCUUUCCCUUUUCUGCUGACCAGGUGCCUCUGUGACCUUGGCGCCAUCGCCUGUGCUGUGGGGCUCAGAGCCCCAGAUGGGUACAGGGGUCUCUACUGGCCCUCACCGUGUUGUCCAGCCUUAACCAUCCUCUUCAUGUAUCAGCUACAAUAAAAUUCUAACC